UGCAUGCUGGGAUAUUCUGGGCCGCGGAGGACAGAUCAGAUGCGUCCUCCAAACCGGCUCCUGGAGGACUGCGUCCCUCGACCGCGUUCGGGGGAGCCGACGGAUUGAGACAAGCGAGUCUCAGCGGAAGUGACGUAUGCGGUCGACGAACGCGUCCUUAAGGAUGCAUCCAAGCGACUUGGAGACACCGAGGAACAAAUGGACUGUUGUUCGCCCUCCGGUCCGCCAGAGUUCGCUGUUCGCUUCGCUUUCCUCUCAGCGAACUGUCGUCGACGCAGAACUCCGUGCGUGUGUUCGCGGUCCCGCUGGCUCUCUUUGUCCGCAGAAAAGGAGCAAAAUGUGCGCCGUGCGGCUGCUGCGCGUAUCGGUACGCGAGCGGCUCGGCGCCGCCGCCGAAGACGUUCUGCUGCGGGUGGAAAAGGGAGAAGAAGCGGCUGAAGUCGCGGCACUGAGAGCGCUGCUCACCGAGCGGCUAGCGGCAGCUGCGGAGGAGAUUGUCGGUCUGUUCGAGGAAACCGUGGCGGGAUACGAAGAGCGAGCUGAGCGCUCAGAACGGGAGAUCUGUCGCCAGAGGAGGCUGCUCGACGCCGUGCUGAAGCCCCAAGUCAAGCUGCACCGGGCAGAGCUCCCGCAGAACCACGCAGACCCCCGGCCUUCACCAGACCACACAGACCCAACCUGGCCAGAAGGCGAACCGGUCAGCAGUGAUGGUUCCUGCCUGUCGGAGCCGGGCUCUCCUUGUCCUCCCAGCCAUCCCUCAGCUUGCAGCUCUGCUGUCUACAGCGACUGUGUUCUGGACCAGAAUCAAGCCGAACAACGUCAGAGUCGGAGACCUUUGUGGAAAAAGAAGCGCGGACGGGCGCCGCUUGCCUCCAGGAACAAACGGAAGAGGUCAACUCCAGCUCAGAGUUUUAGCUGUCACGUGUGCGGCCGCUCUCUGCAAGGGAAAGGGUUCCUGCUCAAACACGUCCUGCAGGUCUGCGCUGAGGACUCCGACUGCUGCUGCGGUUUCUGCGGCGUGCGGUUGGACUCCGCUGCCAACCUGAUUGCUCACCUGCAAACACACCAGCUGAAGAGUAAAACCUGUUCCUUCUGCGGGAAAACCUUUCAAUCCAUUCUGGCGCGGGAGCUCCACAUGCGACUGCACACCGGAGAAAAACCGUACAGCUGCGAGAUCUGUGGCAAGAAGUUCAGCCAAAAGGGUAACCUGUCGUCACACAUGCGCAUCCACGCCACAGAGAAACCCUUUAAGUGUAAAGAGUGCAGCCGGGCCUUCUACCACAUGACGUCUUUAGAACGUCACAUGCAGGAUCACAAUGGAGAGGAGGUGCACACCUGCAGCAUCUGCUGCCAGGAGUUCCCAAGGAGGCAAAACCUGCGACGACACAUGGCAACUCAUCAGAAGGAUGCCGUCGACAAAACAAAGAGGCGCCGCACAUUGGUGCGGUCGUACCAGUGCAAAGCGUGCGGGGAUGCCUUCGACAAGAGGACCUUAUUGCUGAAACACGUAGAGACUCACCUGCAGGACCCGGACUGCUCAUGCGGACUCUGUGGACACCAAUACGAGUCCGCCGUCAGCCUUGCCGCUCACCUGCACUCCCACCGCGAGAUUGGCAACACCUGCCACGUCUGCGGGAAAUCUUUCGGCGCUCAGGCGGCACUCCUGAUGCACAUGAGGAUCCACACCGGAGAGAAACCAUACUCCUGCAGCUCCUGCGGAAAGACCUUCAACCAGAGCGGGAACCUGAAGACUCACUUGAAGACCCACACUGGAGAGAAGGCAUUCUCUUGCAGCCUCUGCGGGAAGGGGUUCACCCAGAAGCAGACUCUGGACACUCAUGUCCGCUUCCACAACAAAGAGAGACGCUUUCUGUGCCAGGUGUGCGGAAAGGGCUUCAUGCAGGAAGUGGACCUGAAGAGACACAUGCUGAUCCACACCGGGGAGAAACCCUACAGCUGCAGGAUCUGCAGCAAAAGCUUCCAGGCCAAACGAUCGCUCAACGGACACCUAAAAGUCCACGCAGCUGAGAGUAGGGAGUCAGGCCCGGAGCUGGACCGCACCUUGGAUCAGCAGAGGACAGACGGACUCUACUCUGGCUUCAUCCAGCUGUAGAGCUCCAGAGGACAACCUUUCUACGCGUUAACGACUGAGGAUCAACCAGCUUCAACUCUUCAAUUGAAUUUAGUGCAGUACUGUUAGGUACUCGACACUAUCCUUUUAAUGCUCUUACUGUAAUGUGUCCAUAGAACUGAGUAUGUACUAGCAUAGGAUUGAAACCUGCCUGAAAGUAACGUUAAAUCUCAGGAUCUUGAUGUCUGGCAUCGGAGUUCAGAACUGUUGUCUGCCCAACGCUGGCAGUGUAAUUAAAACAACUUUUAUACACAAACGUUGUUGACGUGUUUAUGAUGCCUUUUAAUGUGGAGCCUUAACUGUGGACGAUUUGGUUGCUGUCGUCUCUGUGAGAGUGACGCUGGACUCUAUUGCUGCUCUAGAGAGGAGAAUGGUAACUAGGAGUAAGUUUGUUCCUUGGUAGAACUCUCAAACCAGCGACUUAAAGCAAACUGUGCAGAAGCUCGAAUGGAUAUGGCGUUCCAACAAAUUGGAAGAAUCGAAUUGAAAAUGGCACACCCAUGAUAAAAAGUGUAAUAACUCUAAAUACUUUGUCUAUUUGUACAAUUUCUUUUUGUGGGGAUGUAGGGGAACCCAAGUGAGUGCUAAAAUGUGUGACAAUCAGUUUACAUGUUACUGUUAAACAAUAUAUCAAUAGUACACAAAGGUUUGAAUUUUUGUCCAAUACUAAUAUUUCUACUGUCCAAUGCUUCUAAUCGUCAAUACUUUGGUAACUUUAAAGGUUCUGAACAUUAGUAAUAAUCAAUCUUCAGUACUUCUAAAUAUCCUAAUGUUAAGUACAUAUAAAUUUACUAAUGUACGUCCAUCCAUCUUCAAAGCCGCUUAUCCUUCAUGCGGGGGGACUGGAGUCAGCCCAUCAGGUACACCCUGGUUUGGUCAUACAAACACUCACACUUCCAUCCACUCACCUACGGGCAAUUUAGACUCACCAAUCAACCUAAUCCCCAGGGGCUGGUAUUUCAAAAUGAUCCCACAGGAUUAAUCCUCCUGGAUUGGAUUAAAUCCUUAUCAGAUCCUAAAAACGUGCAUUUCAAAGCAAAUCUGAUCCUGAAGAUUCAGAUUUGGUAAUCCUGCCUUUGAUCCGGAUAAAACACUGCUGUUGAGUAUUUCAAAACUUGAAAUCUGGAUCAGUUUGAUCCUAAAAAUCAGGAUUACCCUGAUCCCACCUCAGAGGUGGAUUUGAGGGAGAUUACAUGUUAUGGUUCGAACAGUUUAAGUGUAACUGCUCCCAAAGUUCUUUGUUUGAUACAGAAGCUACACUUCACUGCUGUUUGAUCAUUGUUCAUUUUCUUUGCACGUUCCUUUCUUUUUCAUAAAAUAUGAAUGAAUAUGAA